UCUAGCAAAAGGAAUAUGGUGAAACUGCUUGCUAACCCUCUCCCUGCUGUCCCUGCAGGCACCAGGAGUGCAGUGCUUAACACAGAAGCCCGCACUGUAGAAGCGGACGUCCUGAGCCGCCGCUGCGUCAUGAUGCGGCUGCUGGACUUCUCCUACGAGCAGUACCAGAAGGCUCUCCGCCAGUCAGCUGGUGCUGUGGUGAUCAUCCUGCCACGGUCCAUCUCUUCUGUCCCACAGGAUGUUGUAAAGCAAUUCAUGGAGAUAGAGCCAGAAAUGCUGGCUAUGGAAACCAUUGUGCCAGUCUACUUUGCAGUGGAAGACGAUGAGCUGCUGUCCAUCUAUGAACAAACACGGGCUGCUUCUGCAUCACAGGGCUCUGCCUCGGCUGCAGAGGUUCUGCUUCACACCGCAACUGCCAAUGGCUUCCAGAUGGUGACCAGCGGGGCGCAGAGCAAAGCUAUCCACGACUGGCUUAUACCCAGUGUGGAGGGGAGGCUAACAGGGCUGGGUGGAGAAGACCUGCCCACUGUUGUGAUAGUUGCCCACUACGAUUCUUUUGGGGUGGCUCCAUGGCUGUCUCACGGUGCUGAUUCCAAUGGCAGUGGUGUCUCAGUGUUACUGGAACUAGCCAGGCUGUUUUCUCGGCUCUACACCUACAGACGUACCCAUGCUGGGUACAACUUACUGUUCUUUGCAUCUGGAGGUGGCAAGUUUAAUUAUCAAGGAACCAAGAGGUGGCUGGAGGACAACUUGGACCACACUGAUUCCAGCCUGUUGCAAGACAAUGUAGCGUUUGUUCUCUGCCUGGACACUCUCGGCCAGGGCAAUAGCCUUCAUCUUCAUGUCUCGAAGCCUCCCAAGGAGGGGACCUUGCAGCACGCGUUUCUGAGAGAACUGGAGAUGGUUGUUGCCAGCCAGUUCCCAGAGGUGAAGUUUUCCAUGGUGCACAAGAAGAUAAACCUGGCUGAAGACAUGCUGGCAUGGGAACACGAACGCUUUGCGAUCCGACGCUUGCCAGCUUUCACCAUCUCCCAUCUGGAGAGCCAUCGGGACAGCCUGCGCAACAGCAUCAUGGACAGGAGGUCACAAGUGGACACGAAGGCACUGACCAGGAAUACCAGGAUCAUUGCUGAGGCUUUGACGAGGGUCAUCUACAACCUAACAGAGAAGGGAGCACCUGCAGAUCUGCAGAUCUUCACGGAUCAGAUGCAGAUCCAGGAGGAGCAGCUGGAAUCAGUGAUGGACUGGCUGAGCAGUCAGCCCAGGGCUGCUCAGCUGAUUGAUAAAGACAGCACCUUUCUCAGCACCUUAGAAUAUUACAUGGGUCGCUACCUGAAAGAUGUCAAACAGCAUCAUGUGAAGGCAGACAAACGGGAUCCUGAGUUUGUUUUCUAUGACCAGCUGAAGCAGGUGAUGAAUGCAUACAGGGUCAAGCCAGCAAUCUUUGACCUGCUUCUGGCCGUCUGUAUAGCAGCCUACCUUGGUGUUGCCUACGUUGCAGUGCAGAACUUCGGUCUCCUUUACAGGAUGAUACAGAGAUUAUCCCUUAAAACCAAGCAGCAGUGAAGCGACAGGUCGUCCUGUGUACAGCAGCACUGAGCCAUCGGUGAGCCCAUCAGGAACCUUCUGCCUUCCAUUGAAUCCUGCUGCUUCUCUUCCUCUCUCUCCUCUUUGCUAUCCUAGAGAGGAGAGGAAGGCAGGAAGAAAACAAAAUUUCAACUCCUAUGCACCUUUUUAGGCGCUUUCCUUCCCCUCACUUGCACCAGGUUUGUUUUCCUUUGCUUUUUUUUUCGCGAGGGAAAAGCUCAGAGACUUCCAUAGUUCCUGCAAGUUGUUUAAACACUGAACAGCUGACGCUGAGCAGCUUCUGUGAGUAUGAACCCGAGUCCUGCACCUUCGUGGACAUUUGUGCCAUACAGCCAACUCGGAAGCUGAAACUACAGAGCAGAUGUAUUCUCUCUGCCCAGCAAACCAAGGACUCCGAGCACUUGCUUAGAAGAAAAUAUGCACACGCAAAUUAAAGAGAGUACUAUUAGCAUGUUUUCUUAUGGUACCUCUUCUUAAGUUUACUGCCUGGCUUUAGGGAGGUGUGCUGAGCAAGCAGUGUGUCUAGCAAGCAUCUUUAUGCAAUUUGUUCAGACAGUGCAAUAACUCAUUCCCUUUCCUUGGAGGUACACUGUAAACAGUCUUGACUGUUAUAGAGGGGAUGAAGAAAGCUUGUUAAAACGGGUUCCUGCAGAAGGGUUCUUACCGGGACGCGCCGUCCUGCCCCUAUUGGAGGAUGCAUUUUGCUUUGUACUUGAUUUCUCUUAAAGUUUGUCCUUGGACAGAUUGCUGCUGCCACUAUGUGCUGAACUCUUGCUUGGUUUUUAAAGGCAUUCUACAGUCUCAAACGUUGCAGGAUCACGUUCUGGGCUGUUUCAUUUAUUUAGGCAUUAAUAGCAAGAACAGCCCGGUUCCUGCUGAGCUCUGAUCGAUCUUCGUUCCUCAGUUUGUGCUUUCAGAUGGGUUCUGGAUUUUGGGGCUGUAUUUGUGUCCGUGUGCAUCUCAGGGUCUCAUUUUAUGUUUUUCAGCUCUUAUUUCUGAAAAUGCUGUUCUCGACCUGCAUGUAUAAGCAAAUUCCCCAAGUGCUUGCUGCUGCCUCCCUUCACACUCCACCCCCAGUCUGUAGGAAGGGAGGCAAGACACUUGGCCAUUAAAAAAACAAGCCAACAAACAUAAAAAAAAAAAAAAAACAACCCACAAUCUGUUUUAUGACUGCUGUUUUAAACAUGUCUGAUUGGAGAAUUGUAACUAUGAGAGUGUAUCUUGGAGCUCCCUUUGUUAUCCUUGAGCAAUCCCCGCUUAUAGCUCUUUCCACCCAGAAGUGUUGGCAGUCUGGCUGGCAAAGCUGGGAGGGGCAGGCAACCAUUGCUCUGGCAUUGCCAUCAUCUUAAGUUUAAGCCGUUUUUCUAGAUUGCCUAUUUCUAGAGAGAGCUGGCUGCUUUUUCCGGGCAGUGCUGUGCUCUGUUUGCCCCCAGCUUCUGAAUAUGAGACGAUUUUUGACCACAAGCCCUAGGCUAGUUGUAGUUCUAGAGGGGAAAGGGAUUGAAUACCACUGUCCUGCCACUCAAAAAUGUCUCUCUGAGUUCAUCCUUUAUUAGAAAACCCCUACUUUAAAUAAAAACAGCACUUGUUACAGAGGGUGAAAAGCUCUUACGGGUUUGAAGGAUGGUGUCCUUUUUGUUUUGUAUGCAAGGAAUUCAGCUUUGCCUCCUUAUCUGCAUCACAGCUGCUCUAUGCUCACUCCUUAAAAAAGGUUUUUUUAUGGCCGCUGUCUGCGUCCUUUGGAUGGGGACCAACGCACGUAUUUCCAUCCAUCUUGGUUGUUUUUUUGCUGUUUCCCCCUCCCUGGCGUACCUUUGCCCCAUAAUGUGUGCUUUCUGCUAUAUUUAACGUGUAGCAAUUUGUUCUUUAAAGGUUCUUUUCUUUUCCAGGAGAGCAUGCUAUGUCUGUGGCUCCUUGUAAUAUCAGCAGGUGGCAUGGUACCGAGCGCUCCUGAAAUAUCAUCCCUACGGGAAAACUUGCCUUUUCUUUUUUCUUUUUUUUUUGAGUUCUUGUUUGAAAUAUGUCUCUCUGUAUGCAUGAAGUGUUUGUGACAGCCCUCUGCCAAAUGAAUGUAUAAUGACUUCAGAAAUUGGUUGCUGGAAGAUGAGCUGUGGUUGUUUUCCACUGCACUUGGAUAUUGCACGUACUGCGUGCUGGGAGGGUGCAGACCUGGGCUUGGAGAUACAGGACGUGCACAGAACGGCACCUGUCUCUGAAUAUCUGGAGGCAGCACCAGAGGUCUCCAGCUGCACUCCGUCCUUUGUCUGUUACCCAUGGACGGGACAUGUUUCACUCCAUGUUACUUAAGCAGGCUUAAUGAAACCGCAUUACAAAAUAGGAAAGUCAGAAUUAUCAGCAAUCCUCCUUCAGCUGCACUUGGGGAACAUUAAAAAUUGGCAAGAGAGAAAAGGACAGAUCCAAAGCAUUCCUCUGUGCAUUGGAGACUCUCAGCUUCCACUUUUCCAGUUCUGUCCUGGUUGAGGUUAUAGCAUUAAAGCAAACACUUCAGUUCCUCGUGCUCUCAACUGUAAAGUAAUGCUCCUGACGCAGUGCCAGGAGCAGCUGUCUGAAAACAAGAUGAGUAAAGAUGAAGGAGAAAAGUUCAUACGUCCCCAGGGGCAGUUGGGAAGAUGUGCAUUGUUCUGUGCACAGCCAUAAUUUGUCCCAGCACCUAAUUGGUCCAUCUAGCUGCCUGCCAUAGAAAGUCAUUUUUACUACAGAUGAGGGUUUAUGCUUCUGAUCAAAGUUUGUUUGUACUGAAGCGUUAUAUGGUUAAAUUCCAACUUGUAGCUGGAACAGCGACCAUCCUGGCAGUGAGCUUAGUGCCAACGUUGCCACGUUUCCUCUGGAGAGAUGACAGGGCAGCAUGGAAAUAUCCCCUCCUGCUCUGCCACGUUUUGAAGUGACAAGUGAAUGGGUGCUGAUUCAUACUGCAGCACAUCUGAUGAAUCUCACUGCCAGCGUGACACGCAGCAGCAGCAACCCAGCGGCUGUUGUGCUAAAAUAAAGGUUCUCCACAACGUUGCAGAAGAGCUCUUGUAGCAGAUUUUCAUGCUCUUGUUUUGACCUGGCCUUUAAUUGGGAGUUUGCCUGGCCUGGAAGGAAGGAGCAUGAAAAAUACAUGCCCAUGUAUGUGCAAGAAACCAGCAGUUACACUUGUAGCCAAAAAAGCAGAACUUUGCCUGCUGUCCUGGUGCUGUCAGAGAUCACAAUGUGCAGAAAUCUGUGUUUCCGACACUGAUUGGACUCUUUCUCUCCGUUCCCCACUCUGGGCACUGGGGGUUACAUGGGAUUAGUUCACACUUUGUAGCUUAUCUCCCAAAUAAGAGAGGUUUACCCCUGUGAAAUAAGCACUACCAUGCGAUAUGACCAGCUGGAAGGAGUCACUGCAAUCUGUUUCAACCUUUAAGACCCCGCGUAGCCCCAAACUGCUGCGGGCGUUGGGUUUGGGUUUGGCUUUGUUUUAAACCACGCUCAUAACACACAAAUCAACAUAAAGAGCUUCCCAGCACUCGUGGUCAGGCUGGAUUUGGUGUUUAGAGCCAUUCGGCCCUGAGCGAAUGACCUGAAGGGAUAAGAACGCUCGGUUUGGCCUCGGUGUGCUGGGGGCUCAUCUCUGGUUUGCUCCAUUCUCAUUUGUAGCCAUGGAACAAUGUGAUGUGGAACAGCUCAGGAAGAGGUGUUGAUUUAUCCGGUGUGGUUAACACAACUGUUCAUAUCCUAAAGAACAAAUGUACGUCGAGGUGAAUAUUGAACAGCUGACAGCAAAGACAAUGCAGUCGAUGAACGUGCUAUUUUUUUUCGUUUUGUUUUGUUUUCCCUGCUGAUGUGACAGUAUUUAAUAUUUUAACGUUUUUCAUUUCCACGUUUGUUUGUCCCUUUGCAAAAAUAAACUACGAGUGAGAA